AUGGAGCUUGAAACUGCAAUUGCCCAAAAUGACUCCCUAUAUGCUCCUCAAAGUGACAAGAUUGGCGUCACCACAGAGGAGACCGUGGAUGAACCCUCUACAGGAGCCUCAUCCGCGUCAGAUGGGGAAACAUUAGCCCAAAUUGAAGAAGAGCUGCCAUCGAGUUGUGAGAGCGCGGAGACAUGGUUGCUCGAGGAGGUAGCAACACUAUGCCACUGCUUGCCGGAUGAUCUCGAGGAUAUAUAUGCAUGUACCCCUCUUCAAGAGGGGAUGAUGGCCCUUACCUUGCAAGAUUCGGCAGCUUACACGGUGGACUACGAGUACCAGCUCCCGCGGGAUGUGGAUUUGAAGCGCCUCCGCACUGCCUGGGAGCAGACUGCUGAAGCAAACCCCAUCUUACGAACACGCAUUGUGUCAACAGCCAGUCAUGGGUGCAUGCAGGCCAUAAUACGAGGCACUCCACCAUGGACCGAAUACUCAACUGAGGAUGAGAAUGAUGCACUUGGUCUCGUGGAUAGUCAUCUGUCCUGGAAAGCAGGACUCCCCUUGGCGUACUUCAGCCUGUUCCACGCACGCCGUGUUCUCAAGAUAGUCAUCCACCAUUCGAUCUGCGAUGACUGGUCGAUGGCUCUGCUGUUGCGCGAGGCCGAGAAGGCCUACUGCGGGCAAACCCUCGCCAAGCGUCUAUUUAGACCCCUAGUCGACUACGUGCAAGAGACUCGACGCCAGGCGGAGGAGUUUUGGAGAGAGAAGUUUCGGGAUGCUGAAAAGACCCCUAUGAGCCCGUACCCACCGUUGCCGACGGUGGGAUAUAGACCAUAUCCGGGCUGUUGUCGUGAGCAGUCCUGGGAUAUCAACCCCCAGUUGACCAAUGCAUUUACGGUGAACACCAAGAUGCGUCUCGCAUGGGCCAUUCUACAAUCUUAUUACGUUGGCUCCACAAACGUUUUAUUCGGCGCUAUCAAUGUCGGUCGUGGUGUUCCAGUCAAGGGAGUAGAGGAGAUCAGCGGGCCGGCAUUAGCCAGUGUUCCCGUCCUUACUCAACUGCGUAUGCAAGACACCGUAACUGAGGCGCUCGCAGAAAUGCAGCGGGACUGGGCUUCGGGAAUGCACUUUGAGCAUGUCGGUCUCCAGAACUUGCUCCAUCUUGGCUCGGGGCCCAAGGCAGCCUGUGGAUUUCAAACGUUGUUGGCCGUGGAACCCCGGAGUGACCAUCAGGUCCCACGGCUGUUUGCGCAGCAUCGCGCUGUACAGCGAAACUACGAUCUUUAUGGCCUGAUUCUACGAUGCCGGCCGUCGAUUGCACAUUUGCAGGUCCAGGCCUGGUUUGACCCAGCGGUCGUGGAGCCCCGGCAGAUCGAACGACUCCUAGGGCAAGUUGCAUGCAUUUACGACCAGAUCGAACGCCUACCUGGGAUACCCCUGGCCGACAUUUCUCCCAUAAGCCCGGAGGAUAAUGAAGAAUUGGGCCGCCUGAACAGUCCGGCUGCCCCUACUGAGACGUCCUUUUCCUGCCUGCAUACUCUGAUAGAGGAAAGAGCACGGUCGCAGGGCGACGCCCUGGCAGUUCACAGCUGGGACGGGGACCUGUCAUAUCGGCGUCUCGACAAUAUGGCAUCAUCACUGGCCACACACCUGUCCAUGAGCUUGGUGCGACCGGGAUCAUUCGUGCCUGUGUUCCUCCAGAAGUGCAAAUGGACCCCCAUCGCGAUGCUAGCAGUCAUGAAGGCAGGAGGCGCAUUCGUGCUGCUUGACCCCUCCUAUCCAGGGCCCCGACUGCAAAAAAUGUGUGAGGCUGUAGAGGCACCAGUACUCUUAACGUGCAAGGAACUACUAGCAAAGACCCCUGCCCUCGGUGUCGCCGCCGUCUUGUUGAUGGACGAUUUCGACUACGAGACCACAUGGUCUCCAGGCCAGAGCAGCACGACGUUGCCGGAAGUAAACCCUCUCACCCCUCUCUAUGCGACGUUUACCUCCGGGUCUACUGGAACUCCUAAGGGGGUCGUGGUUCGACACGAAGGUUAUGUUGCAAGCGCACUGUCGCAUGGCCCGCGAUAUAACUUCCAGCCAACUGCUCGUGUUCUGCAGUUUGCAUCACCCGCCUUUGAUUCCUGUAUUAUUGAACACCUGACCCCAUUAAUCAUGGGGGGCUGCGUGUGUAUCCCGACACAGGCCGAGUGCCAUAGUCGCCUGGCCCAAGCUGUGUCGCAAUACGGCGUAAACGUCGCUUGCUUGACCCCGAGUGUCGCGAGAAUCCUAUCCCCUGAGUCCGUUCCCACGCUUCAUACUCUGGCAUUCGUGGGUGAGCGCGUCAAAGGUAGCGAUAUUGCUUGGUGGGCACCGCAUCUCCAAGUCCGGAAUGCCUAUGGGCCAGCUGAAUGUUCGGCCGUGUUCAGUGUGCAGUCACGCCUGCUCCAGGAAGACCCAGCCAACAUCGGGUUCCCCACAGGCGGCGUUGGCUGGGUGGUGGAUCCCAGCAACCACGAGACGUUGAUGCCCCUUGGCUGUACCGGAGAGCUACUCAUUGAGGGCCCGAUUGUGGGUGCAGGCUACAUCCGAAACCCGACGCAAACAGCACGAGCAUUUGUAGACAUCCCUCGUUGGAGAAAGAGAUUCGGACGGGUCCAGUAUGCUCCUCUCUAUAAGACUGGAGACCUAGUUCAGUGUGUCGGCGAUGGUAGUUUCCGAUACAUUGGUCGGAAAGAUACCCAGGUCAAAUUGCAUGGGCAACGAUUGGAACUUGGGGACAUCGAACAUCACCUCCAUCAAUGUUUCCCUGAAGCAAAACAGGUCGUAGUGGAUAUGCUGCGCUCAAGCUCGGGCUCACCUGGCGAAGGAAAUCGCCCAGAUGCUGUGCUUGUCGGAUUCGUAGCCGGCGAGUCAGACACAGAGCACGGCUUGAUGUUCUCAGCCCCAAGCGACGAGUUUCGUGCCGCGUGCGCUAGAGCAGAGAGUCAAUUGUCUGACAUCUUGCCGGCAUUCAUGGUUCCAGCUGUUGUCUUACCAGUUUCGAAGUUACCCUUAACCUCGUCCGGCAAACUUGAUCGCCGGAGUCUCUGCGACGCGGCCUCCGCUUUAUCGUGGGAAGAAAUGCAGGCAUACCGCACAGAGUCCACCGCCACGCAUGCACAGCAACCCACGACUUCGAGGGAGCACAGGAUAAGGGAAAUCUGGGCACAAGUGCUGAAUCGAUCGUCUCAUGACAUAGGCAUUACAGAUAGCUUUUUCCGUCUUGGGGGCGACUCGAUCAGUGCGAUGCAGGCAGCCGCGGGGUGCCAGGCUGCGGGCUGGGCCAUCACAGUGGCAGAUAUCUUUCGCUACCCUUCCAUUCAAAAGAUCUCCCAGAAAGUCCAGGAGUUAGCAGGGCGGUCCUCAUUUGCAAGCGAUGUCCAGGAGGACCCGACAGACACCCCCUUUGAGCUCUCGCCUGUUCAGCUCCUAUUCUUCGAACACGUCCCCAAGGGCCAUCACCAAUUUACGCAACAAUUCCUGCUCCGGCUCACGAGGUCUAUCUCGGCAGGCAAGGUCCGCAAGGCGACCGAAACUGUUGUUGGGCGGCACUCGAUGCUCAGAGCGCGCUUCCGCCGCCAGGACGAUUGCCAGUGGGAGCAAUUUAUCACUCCCGAUGCCCGGCAAAGCAUCGUAUUCCGGGAACAUUGGGUGCCAUCGGGUGCCGCUUAUCAACCUGCGGUCAAACAGAUAAUGUGCGAAAGCCAAGGGGCUCUCAACAUUGAGCAGGGGCCCCUGCUGGCUGUCGACUUGAUUCACGAGGAAACCGGGCGGGAUUUGCUCGGGUUCAUUGCCCACCAUCUAGUCAUUGAUUUGGUCUCGUGGCGGAUACUAUUGCAGGAUCUGGAGGAGAUUCUCACCUCCGGCCGUACAGCGCAAGCACCAUCGCUUUCGUUCCAGCAGUGGUGUCGCAUGCAGCGAGAGUAUGCCCUGAAGCGCAUAGAUCUCCAGGUAGCCCUACCCGGGACCAUUCCCCCUCCUCAUCUCCAUUACUGGGGUCACGCAGUCGAGCAGAAUACUUGGGGCCAGGCUACCCAGGAGACGAUUUCCCUGUCCCAAGAAACGACGCAGGCCCUUCUUGGCCCAGUGAAUGAUGCCUUCAACACCGACAUCGUCGACAUACUCCAGGCUGCACUGCUGCACUCCUUCACCAAUACAUUUUCCGAUCGUCCGUGCCCAACAGUGUUUAGCGAAGCACAUGGACGAGAGCCAUGGGAUCCACAUAUCAAUAUAUCCAGAACCGUGGGAUGGUUUACCACGAUAGCGCCCUUGUUCAUUGACACCUGCGCAGGGCAGGAUAUAACCGAUGUCGUGCGACGGACUAAGGAUGGGCGUAGGGCAAUACCAGGCAAUGGAUGGCCAUACUUUGUAACGCGUUAUUGCCAUCCCGAUGGGAAGAAGCGAUGUCCGGGCCAUGUCCCAAUGGAAAUCCUGUUCAACUAUACCGGCCUGUUCCAACAGCUGGAACGGUCCGCCGCGCUUCUCGAGCUUGCCAGUGCCCCAGAUCACGACUUAGUUCCGAUUCCUCCUGACCUGCCUCGGUUCGCUCUGAUUGAUGUGUCGGCGACUGUGUUUGGCGGUUCGCUCAACGUCACCUUCUUCUACAACAGCAGGAUGAGACAUCAAGUCCAGCUGCGGGAAUGGCCGCGGCGCUUCCAACGGACCUUGGAAAUGAUUCCAGACGCGCUGAGCCAGCAACAGCGAUUGACAGUCUCUGAUUUCCCUCUGUUGUCGCUAGACACCGACCAGCAGCUCCAAGAGCUUCUCCAGGCCGCAUCCCAGAAGUGUUGUAUCGAACAGUCGGACAUCGAGAGCAUAUACCCUUGUGCACCUAUCCAACUUGGGAUGUGGCUGAGCCAGCUGAAGGUCGCUGAUAUGUACUGGUCACAAAUACGAUGGACAGUCUUCCCGUUGGGGGACGCCUCGCCCCCUGUGGGUGUGGAGCAAGUCCAUAACGCGUGGCAAAGAGUCGUCGACCGCCAUCCAAUCCUGCGAACAUUUUUGCUUAACGACAUAGGUAGCUAUGGCUAUCCGGUGCAGCUGGUGGUGAAAAGUGUUGCAGCAGAUGUACAGAUACUGCCUCAGAAUGCAACCUGCACUGAUCUGCUCGAUGAGGGCGCCAAGAAGUAUCCGCAACAGCCAACGAAACCGGCACAUCAGUUGCUGCUCCAGGCUCAGGAUGACGGAAGAGUAUCGUGUCUGCUUACUAUCCAUCAUACAUUGAUGGAUGGAGUAACAGGUCAAAUUAUGCUCUCCGACUUCCGUGACGCCUAUAAUGGCGUCCUCGACGAGACACCAGGCACACCGUACAGUUUGUAUGUGGAGUACCUCUUGAAUGACAGGCAGUCACCGUCUGUGGGUUACUGGACGGAGUAUCUGGACGGCAUACUCCCCUGUAUCUUCCCAUCGUUGGUGAACCCGGACCACGCCCACCAACCGCAGGCCCUAAGUUCAGCAGAUCUCAACUUUGGUUCUACCAGCAGGCUGCGGCAGUUCUGUUGCAAGUCGGGUAUCACAAUCUCCAGUGUGUUGCGGGUUGCCUGGGGUCUCGUUUUACGCGCGUACACAGGGUCAGAUGCUGUGUGUUUCGGCUACCUGACAUCGGGGCGCGAUAUUCCCCUUCACGGAGCCUCCACAAUUGCUGGACCACUUAUUAACUUACUGGUUUGCCGAAUCUCUUUUGCAUGCGAUACUUCGAUCAUGUCUCUGCUGCAAGAUGAUCAAACCAGUCACGGGCGCAGUAUUGAGAACCAGAACUGGUCCAUGGCCGAGGUCCUCCGUUCGCUAGGGCUUUCUGGCCAACCGCUCUUCAACACGGCUAUGUCGUUGCAGAAUCAGCAUUCGGUAGAAGAUUCAGAACGUGGCUCUCGAGCUGCUAACUUGAUGCCAGAAGGUGGGCAUGAUUCAACCGAAUACGACAUUACCGUCAAUAUUACCAUUGGGGAGGAAACCAUCCAUGGAAACCUCACAUACUGGACGCAGUUGCUGGGAGAUGAACCGGGAGAAUUGAUCGCAGACACAUUCCAGCAGGCUGUCCUACAACUCGUGAAUGACGAGCAUAAAUAUCUGGAUGACUUCGACAUUCUCGGCCUGAGGAGUAAAUAUAAGCUUCUGGAAUGGAACCGCAAUGUCCCGGACCCAUCAAGCACCUGCAUACAUUCGAUCGUAUCGGAGCAAAGCGUUGUGCGGCCCGAAGCUAUGGCCAUAUCUGCUUGGGAUGGCCAGCUUGCGUACGGGGAAUUGGUCCGGAUCGCAUCAUCCUUGGCCAAUAAACUGCUUACUGGACACGGUGCACAUCCGGGGGCGUUCAUCCCUAUUUGUGGCAGUAAAUCUAGAUGGACUGUAAUCGCAGUUCUCGCCGUCCUGAAGGCUGGUGGUGCUUUCAUCCUUUUGGACACAUCCCAUCCUGCGGAGCGAUUGAGGGACAUGAUUCAACAAAACUUCGAAUGUCCAUUCAUUCUCACGACGGCCGAGUUCGAAUCCCUAGCUCAGGCUAUCUGCCCCAAAGCCAUUUUGAUGGAAGAUCUCGACCAAACAUUAAACCAAGAUACGAUCACAAACACAGUCCAUGCACCGGUCAGCCCACGCUCAGCUGCAUACGUAGUUUUCACAUCUGGGACAACAGGAAAGCCCAAAGCGAGCGUUAUCGAACACGAGUCGUUCUGCUCAUCAGCUGUUGCACACAGUCGAACCCUCCACAUCAAUGAACGCUCCCGUGUCCUCCAAUUCGCUUCCUUUGCGUUUGACGCAAGUAUAGUGGAGAUUUUGACUACAUUGUUGGCCGGUGGUUGCGUGUGUGUGCCAUCCCAGGACGAUAAGGAGAGGCGACUGACGGAGGCAAUGCAACAAUAUCAAGUCAACUGGGCUCUCCUGACUCCUUCGGUUGCACGUACUCUCACACCGAAGAAACUCCCUACACUGAAGACCCUGGUUCUGGGGGGAGAGGCAAUGACGGAUUCUGACGUGCGGCGAUGGCAACCCCAUGUGGAGCUCAUGAAUGCGUACGGACCGUCCGAGUGCUCUGUGAUUGCAACAACGCAACCAAGCGCGGAUGAGCUCUUCUCUCAAGCGGCAAACAUCGGAAAGGGCACAGGGUGUGUUACGUGGGUCGUAGAUCCCUGUAAUCCGAAUUUACCAGUCCCCAUUGGUGCGCCAGGGGAAUUGCUCCUCCAGGGUCCGAUAGUUGGACGGGGAUACGUAAAUCGUCCAGAGCAGCAGAUGGCCACGUUCUUAUCGUGCCCGUCCUGGAUCGGCCAUAUGGUACGGGAUCUGGGAACCAAGAAACUGUACAAGACGGGUGAUCUGGUGCGGUACCUCCCCAAUGGGUCUCUGCAAUAUCUCGGACGCAAAGAUCGACAGGUCAAGCUACACGGACAGCGGAUCGAGCUGUCAGAGGUUGAACAACAUGUCUUGAGAUGCUUCCCUGGAGGCUGCCACGAAGUAUUUGCCGCACUGCUAACCGUCGAACGGACUGGCUCGGACUAUCUGGUGGCCUCAGUGGUGCAAGAAAGUCCCGACGACGCGGAGUCCAACGGCAGCUUCCAAACUGCAGUGGAAGAGACCAAGCGCCGGUUGAAGGCAGAAAUCCCAGCAAUGCUGGUGCCCGCCGCUAUUCUACCACUGCGCGAAGUGCCACGUCUGGUGAAUGGCAAGGUUAAUAGAGACCUCAUUGGCCAGCAGGCAGCGCAGGCGCUCGAAGUCCAUCUGGCGAGAGCUCAAGAAGCCCGGAAGACAUGGCGGCCAGAAGACCUGCCAGCGAGCGAGCGCUCGCUCCAAGCACUGUGGGCGGAGGUUCUGAACAGUCCUGUGGACAAGGUGGGCCCUUGUGACAACUUCUUCCAGCUGGGAGGGGAUUCCAUUGCCGCCAUGAAGCUGGCGUCUACGGCCUGCAAUGCUGGCUUUGACAUAACCGUCCCGGAUAUCUUCAUGAGUCCGCAGCUCUGUGAUUUAGCUCAGAUCAUUUCUACACGCUCCAGCACCACCAAGACGAAGUCUGCCCCGAGCGACAUUACACCGCUCUCACUCAUCCCGCGUGAGCACAACUCAGAAGCCUUCGAGCAAGCAGCUUUGCAAUGUGGUAUAACUGAGGAUGACAUUGAAGAUAUUAUGCCGUGUACCGCGCUGCAGGCCGGAUUUGCUGUCUUGACCGCUGAGAGACCUGCGGCAUAUGUAGCCCACCACCGGCUGCGAUUACCCAAGCAGGUUGACUUGGAUAGGCUGAAGUCCGCAUGGGAGAAUACUGCCAUUGAUAACCCCAUCUUACGUACUAGAAUCAUUGAAACCCCGGGACUUGGAUGCCUUCAGGUUGUGGUACGAAAUCAGGCGUUGAGUUGGGCGGCUCCAGACCAGGAGGAAGAACAAAUCAGUCAGGGACUUCCCUUCGGAAAGUCACUUGUACACUUCAAAGUCCUCCGUACUUCCACCCAGACGCCCCAGCGGGUAGACCUCAUGCUCUCCAUGCAUCACGCUCUCUAUGAUGCAUGGUCGUUGCCGCUCCUGCUUCUACGAGCACAGUCAGCGUAUCACGAUGAUUCCUCUAGAAAACGGGCGGCUCCCUAUCAACAUUUCCUGCAUUUCGCCCUAUCGCAGAAAGAUGCCGCGCUCGAGUACUGGCAGGGGCAAUUCACUGACCUAGAUACAGAGCCAUUCCCUACGUUGCCGUUCGCUUCGUUCCGACCUCGAGCAAUACAAGUAAAGCGACGAUCACUGCAAAUGGAUGCAUUUCAGUAUUCUGUUACCCAAAGCACCGCCAUUCGCCUAGCGUGGGCGCUUGUACAAGCACAGUAUCAGGGAAAGCAAGAUAUAGUGUUUGGCACUGUAUCGACCGGGAGGACCGCACCCGUCAAGAGCAUUGAAGCCAUGAGUGGGCCCACAAUAGCCACGGUCCCAUUGCGAGUAAAGAUCGAUCCUAAGAUUAGUGUGUUAAAUGCCCUCGAGAAUCUACAGCAACAGACCACACAAAUGGUCCCUUUUGAACAAGUUGGACUGCAGACGAUUGCGGCGCUCGGAACCAAUGCUUCCCGUGCAUGCUCUUUCCAAACCCUCCUCAACAUUGAAGGGCGAGGGGAAGUCGAGAGGAUGGUCGCAGAGCUCGACAUCAUGGAGCCCAUAAAUACCACAUUCGAGGAUGGGGCAUUUAAUACAUACGCCCUGCAUCUGACUGCCUCGCUCCAGCCGGGAUCGGUGUCCAUCGAGGCUUCUUUUGAUAAUGCUGUUGUUCCAGAUUGGCAGAUAGAGCGUGUGUUGGACCAGUUUGCUUUCCUGCUGGAGCAGAUUUCCACUCGACCGCACGCGUCUCUACGAGAUAUCAUGGGAGUCAACUUGGGCGAUACACAGCAGCUGGAAGCCUGGAAUGCGCAUGUUCCACCCUUGACUCCUGCAACGGUUAUUGACGUAGUCGACCAGCACUGUACAACGCAGCCUUUUGCCCCCGCCGUAUGUGCUUGGGAUGGCAAUCUCAAUUACCAGGAGCUGGACUAUUGGUCAAGUGCUAUGGCAGAUGCUCUUGAAAAUCAAGGAGUUGGUCAAGAGAUGUUCGUUCCCAUCUAUCUAGAUCGAUCUCGAUGGAUUGCCGUGGCCGCUCUGGCGGUCCUCAAAGUUGGUGCGGCAUUUGUGCUACUGGAUACUUCCUAUCCGUUAGGCCGGCUCCGUGCUAUCUGCGAUGAGAUCCAAGCUCCUGUUAUGAUUACUUCAGAGUCCCGCCAGCAGGUUGCAAGAACGUUGAAUGACCGGGUAGUGCUUGUUGGCCACAAAUCCGCUUCUCAACCUGCAAAUCCAGCUUACCGGAGGCACUCUCUCAGCAGCGAUCCUCACCGAGCAUUAUAUGCAGUGUUCACGUCUGGAUCCACAGGGAAGCCCAAGGGCGCAAUUGUUGAAAAUGGAGCGUUUGUGACCAUGGCAGUGCCAUAUGCACACACAAUGGAGAUUGAUACCCAUGCCCGGGUACUUCAUUUUGCCUCAUAUGCGUUCGAUGUCAGCAUUCUAGAGAUAUUGGGCACCCUGUUUGCUGGAGCCUGUGUGUGUAUCCUCUCCGAAUCGGACCGUGGGGAGGGACUUGUCAAUGCCGUCAAAAACCUCCAGCCGUCCCAUACUAUAUUGACUCCUUCCCUCUUGCGUGCCAUAACGCCGGGCGACUUGGCUCCAAUCCGGACAAUUAUGCUGAUCGGUGAGCCUGUCCGUGAAAGCGACGUUGCCCACUGGGCAGACCAUGUGCGCCUGCUGAACACAUAUGGGCCGGCCGAAUGCACUGUUGUGUACACAAUGCAACCUUCAGUUCGUGUUCCGUCUCGGGCUGCAAAUAUUGGACAUCCCAUAGCUGGUGCUGCCUGGGUGUCGGACCCUGAAGACCCCAAUCGACUGGUUCCUAUCGGUGCAGUGGGUGAACUCCUGUUACAGGGGCCACUGGUUGGCCGGGGCUAUCUGAAUAAUCCAGAGCAGACAGCGGCAGCGUUUAUCUCUUGCCCGCAGUGGUUAGCACCUUUAGCUUACAACCCUCUGGGUGAGUCCAAGGUCUACCGCACUGGGGAUCUGGUCAAGUAUGACAGAGAUGGAUCGCUUGUCUUUGUUGGACGCAGGGACUACCAGGUCAAGCUCCGAGGGCAGCGCUUUGAACUUGGGGAAGUCGAAGAUCACGUACAGAGAGCUUUCGAAGACAGUUUGAAAGACGUGGUUGCUUUGAUUGUUAAACCAACUACAGUCAAACAAGCACCAUAUCUGGUCGUCUUCGUUGUCCCUCAGGACGCCGAAAGUGCUCGCCAGUCCUCCCCUUCACCCAUCCAACCGCUACCAGUCAUCGAACCCCCUGGCUUCACCAGUAAAUUGAAUAAGGUAUACCGGUACCUGGAGGAUUCGCUACCGAGUUACAUGCUUCCAAGGGUGGUCAUUCCUCUUCUACAGAUGCCGCGGACGGUCGGUGGCAAAUUGGACCGACGACAGCUUCAGGAGGCUGUCGGCAGCGCCUCCAGACAACGUGUGGAAUCAUUCACUCUAAAGAGUGCGAACAAGCGGGCUCCAUCGACGGAAGCAGAGCGGACGUUGCAGCGUAUCUGGGCCCGCGCUCUUGCUCUUCCGCUUAGCGAGGUCGGUGUAGAUGACAGCUUUUUCCGGCUUGGAGGAGAUUCAAUCUCUGCUUUACAGGCGACAACACAGGCCCGAUCGGUGGGGAUGGGGCAUUCGGUUGAGGAUCUUUUCCACUGGCGCACAAUUGCACAGGUUGCGCAGCGAUCUUCCCCGUCCGCUCAGCAAGGCAUACGCCGCUCGGACGUCGAGAAGGUCCUGCCCUGUACUCCGGCACAAAGAGGGAUUCUGCUUAGCCAGAUGAGGGACCAUACCAGCUAUGCGCCGCACUUUAUAUGGAGGGUAGAACAAGAUGACACUAGAAGUACGACUGUUGAUCUGGAUCGGUUGGUUACAGCCUGGCAUCAGGUUGUAGCUCGUCACCCAGCACUCCGGACUGCUUUCCAGUACGACUUAUCAAAUGACGGCCAAUUUGAGCAGUUCAUUUUGCGCUAUAUCCGACCUCGCGUCAAUUUAAUCAAGAAUGUCCCCGCAACGGAUCCCGAAGACGGCGCCAUACCCACAUUGCUCACAAGGCUGUCUGCGACAGUGAGCCAGCUGGACGGGGAAACAAGCCCGCAUCAGCUCACCAUCUGCAGCGCUGAUACUGGGGACGUUUACAUUCGGUUGGAUAUUAGCCAUGUGAUCAUCGACGCUAUGUCCAUGGCAAUUCUGGAGAGCGACUUUUGCCAGGCUUACGAUUCUUCGUUACCAACAGUCCCACAAAGCCAGGCCUAUGAGGACUAUGUCGAAUUUUCUCAGAAGCAAUCUUCGGGUCCGGCAUACAGCUACUGGCAGAACUACUUAGCAGGUGUUGAACCAUGCCAGUUGCCACUCGAGGCGCGCCAACUGGAUGACCAAGCGACGGAUGCCUUAAGCCAACUGGAUGUUUUCUUGGUGAAUUCUGGUUCCGAGAUUGACUCUUUCUGUCAUGGAACAGAUUGGACAGCAUCUAGCCUUCUGUACUUUGCCUGGGCUCUUACUCUGUCUGCCUUCACCAGGUCCGAUGAUGUAUGCUUUGGGACCCUUACUUCGGGCCGACUGGUUCCUGUCGAUUGCAUAGACGGGGCCAUCGGACAGUUUUCGAACAUGUCCGUUUGCCGAGUCCGUACAGCACGAGAUUUAGCACUGGAUGACGCAGCUUUGUGCCUACAGGAAGGCUUCUCCAACGUGCUCUCGUACCAAGCAUUCCCGCUCAUAGAGAUUGCCAGAGCGGCUGGAGUUCCCAUGGAAGAGCUUACAUCAACUGCGAUCAACGUCCAGUACGAACCUGCACCGACCCAUGAAGCAAAGCAGUCUCUCUCCUUAACCCCAGUCAGUGGAAAAGACCCAAUAUCGGGACCCGGAAAGUAUGUUCGGGAUCUCGGACUACUGACCCCUCACGACCAAGACCGUUUGCUUUACUGGAAUGCUCCGCUGCCCUCCCCUGCGGAGACCACGGUGCAUGAUCUCGUCGAAGCCAAAGCCCAGGAACUUCCAGACCAUGACGCAGUCGUCGGUUCUGACGGUAAUUUCACCUACAAAGAAAUUAGCCAGCUGGGAACUCGGAUUGCAGCCUCACUAGGAAAACGUGGGCUGCAGAGAGGGCAAUUCGUUCCACUCUGCUUCGAAAAGUCCCGCUGGGUCCCUGUCGCCAUCUUGUCCAUUCUCAAGGCAGGAGGAACUGUUGUGCCGCUCGAUCCUACCCAACCGCUUACCAGGCUAAGGGCUAUCUGCGACCGGGUCAAGGCUACUCUGAUCCUGUCUUCCCCGGCUCAGGCGUCCAUCAGUAGGAGAUUAGUGAACGAUGUCCUGGAAAUUGGAAAUGUCGCAUUUCUUCACAACAGAGCUGAUAUUGAGUCGGAGGCAACACCACUCCGAGUGGUGCCCAGUCCAUCACAGCCAGUCUAUGUUCUCUUCACAUCAGGAAGCACCGGUGCACCGAAGGGCGUCAUGGUUUCCCACUCGUCGUAUUGUUACGCAGCAGGCAACCACAUUCAGGCGUUCGGCCUGGACUGCACCUGUCGGGUCUUGCAGAUUUCGUCGUACACAUUCGACGUCUCCAUGAUGGAAAUUCUCACCACAUUAGUAGCUGGGGCUACAAUUUGUACCCUUACGGAAGACGAGAGGAGUCAUAUGCUGGUGACUGGGGCCUGCCCCUUUCCAGUCUCCCAUGCGUAUCUGACUCCAUCCCUAGCCAGUGCACUGGAUUCAAAUAAGGCUCAGUCCUGGGUACAAACCCUUGUUCUCCAAGGAGAACCAAUGUUGACAGCGCACAUUGCAGCGUGGAGCGACAAGUGCCGGCUGAUCAAUGCGUACGGCCCUACAGAGUGCGCAGUGAUCAAUACAGCGACGUCAGCCUUGAAUGCCGGAGAUGACGCGCGUUGUAUAGGCCAUGGUAUUGGAACUUACUGCUGGGUGGUCGAUCCAAAUGACGAAAAUAUACUUGUCCCAAUAGGGGCCAUUGGAGAGCUUCUUUUGGGUGGUCCACCCGUUGGACAAGGGUAUCUAAGCGAGCCCGAGAAAACCCAUGAAGCGUUCAUCAAGCCACCUAGCUGGCUGCGGGCUCUCUAUAGAGGUGGGGAAUGCAGUGACAGACUCUACAAGACGGCAGAUCUGGUGCGAUAUGAUAUACAGACAGGCAAUCUCCUCUUCGAGGGCCGCAAGGACCACCAGGUGAAAGUCCAUGGACAACGCGUUGAGCUUGCUGAGGUGGAACACCAUACACAGCGAUGCUUCGAGGGGGCAAAGGAGGUUGUCGUGCAGCAGGCCCUACUUCCAAGAUCGGCGCAUUCAACUGCAGACUCAUCCUGCUCACCAUCUUCGAUGGUACCUCGCCUAGUAGCUUGUGUGGCGGGUGAGGUACAAGGGAGCGACGGUCCUUUGAGUGCUACCGUCGACAGCCCCAGCAACUCGUCGACCAGCGUGCUCCUAGCCCCAUCUGCCGUAUUCCAUUCCAGGGCAGCUGCCGCUUUGAAAGACCUGCGUGGGUUGCUCCCUGGGUACAUGAUUCCCGAUAUAAUCGUCCCAAUCUCGCGGGUUCCGCUCUCCAGCUCUGGGAAGACAGACCGGCCUCGACUACGCCAGGACCUUCGUGCCGUUUCACCUAUGGACUGGUCCGCGUAUUUCAGCAGUCAAAAGACUAAACGUUCGGUGGAAGGUGAGGCAGAAAAGUCAUUCCACGAGAUACUCUCUGCAGUCUUGGACAUACCAGCAGACACCGUGUGUGUAGAUGACAGCUUUUACCACCUUGGAGGAGACUCCAUCGAUGCCGUGAAGAUCGCGGCAAAGGCCCGAGCAGCAGGGUUUGCCAUUACUUCGCACGAUAUCCUCCGUCAUCCAACGAUCAGAGAAUGGGCUGGCAUUGCCAGUGCCGCUGGGCAGAGGCAGACCGCAGUUGCCCCCAGGCUCUACGAGCCCUUCACCCUUGUCACAGACAGGGAACGGCAGCUCGUUCUGACGUCGUACUUCCAUGGCCGCGACCACCCUUACACCGUCAAUAAUGUCGCGGAUAUAAUCCCAACCGUGGAUUUCCAAUCUUUCUAUAUAGAUAAUUCCUCGUUGGUUUCCAUGGCAGAGGUGUUCCCGGCUCCCAUGGACAUGGACCGACUAUAUCAAGCCUGUUCGAAGGUCAUACUGCACUACAGUAUUUUGCGCACUAUUUUCGUCGGAACAGACAAGCGAAUGCUCCAGGUGAUCUUACAUCGUGCGGACCCUGUGUUCUAUUACGUCGAGUGUGACGAUCCACGAACCUACGUCUCAGAGAGAUCGCAGGAGAGAAUCGAGCCAACCACAAACCAUGGACAGAUGUUGGUCAGUUUCACUGUUGUCACCAGCAAAACACACCCAGAGUGGGCUUUUGUCAUUCGCCUGUCCCAUGCGCAGUACGAUGGAUCCUCCCUCCCGUUCCUGUGGCAGGCUAUUGCCGCAGCCUACGAGGACAGGGACCUCCAGCCGACGACCCAGUUUCGGGAGGUGGUUUACAAUCGCCUAGGCGAUGACCAUUCAAAGCCACUUUCCUUCUGGCAGGCUUAUCUGCAAAAUGCUUCGAAGGAAAGUACAGAUCCGUUGGGUGUGACCAGUAUCGCUCGGAAUCCUCGCAGUGAUGACACCUUUACGCCCCUGACUGUCCGCCGAGAAGUGGAUCAUCAUCAUCCUCGCCUUCCAGAUAUCACUCUAGCCACGCUAGUGAAGGCGUCAAUCGCGUGGGUCCUCUCCAAACAUGCUAGUUUCCUGCCGGAGAUUGUCCUGGGUCAGGUAGUUCAUGGGCGCGGGUCCCCCUUACCGGGUAUGGAGACAGUCUUUGGACCAUGCAUUAAUUUCCUACCCAUUCGCAUCUCCAUUGAUCAGAACCACACUGUUGCCGACCUCCUGCGCCACGUUCAAGCCCAGCAGCUAGCAACAGUUCCUCAUGACUAUGUAUCUCUGAAGCACAUCUUCAGAAAAUGCACAAGUUGGCAAGGCGAUGCCAGACUGGGUUGUAUCGUUCACCACCAAGCCGCCCAAGCAAGCAGUGCUGGCCGUAGUGGCAGUGUGACAAUAGGCGGGGUCCGAUCUACGUCCAGUACCAGCUGGGCUAACUCUACCCCGAUGCCAGGCCAAGUUGGCAUCAUUUCAAUCGAGCGCGUCAACACCGUUGACCUAUAUAUGACUUUCCCCACGGAGAAGUUUGCGGAACAUGUAGCGGAGGAGCUGGCAGAUGGCAUCGCGCAUACUAUCCAACUUUUCUCGAAGUUCGCGGAUUAUCCUCUUGGGGUUCUUGGUAAGGGAGGUGUUGUUUUCUGCCAGGCGAUGGACAGAACCGUUUGCUCUACGGCCUGCGACCGGGACACUUCGGAACUAAACUAG